AUGGCUCUCAACCGCAUUAACGGAGCCGACGAGCUCUAUGUCGGAGGGGUCUUCGGCGUCAACCGCGGGCGACUCGUGCAGGAACACGGCAUAACCCACAUCCUUUCCGUCAUCAAGUACUCGCUCAACCGAGGCGACGCCGCGUUCCGCGAUGUCGAGCACCUUAGCAUCGACAUUGACGACAUGGAGGACCAGGAUAUCCUCGUGCACCUGCCCAGAAUGGUGCGCUUCAUCGACCGGGGACUGAACGGAGUUGCUGCUGUUGUCGACAAGCCAACCACCGACGACCCCCCAACACCGUCCCGAGAAACAAUAACCACUUCAACCCCUCGUCGCUUCUCUCCCGGUGCCGUCCUCGUCCACUGCGCAAUGGGCAAAUCCCGCUCCGUCACGGCCGUUCUUGCAUACCUCCUCUGGAAACACCCCCACCGCUUCGGCAAGGCGGACCCGACAGCAACAACAGCGCAGGCUGCAGUAGCGAAGGCGCUGGAAUGGGUCCGCCAGACUCGCCCAAUAGCCGAGCCGAACGACGGCUUCGUGCGCCAGCUCGAGAUGUGGUGGGACAUGGGCUGCCCCGCUGACAGUGACGACGCCGUCGAGAGGGCGCCCGCCUACCAGCGCUGGUUGUACAAGCGGGAGGUAGAGGAUGCUGCACGAAUUGGGAGGGCGCCGGACUGGAUCCUAUUUGAGGAUGAGGAGGAGACGAGGCAGGGGGGAGGUGGUGCUGUUGUUGGUGGUGGUGCCAAGUUAGGGGGGACAAUACCAGACCACGACGGCGGCGGUGACGGCACGGAGCUGAGGUGUAAGAAGUGCCGCCGCGUGCUGGCGACGGCGCCAUUUAUCGUCCCGCACCAGGCUUGGGGCAGGGACAGUAGCAGCAGCACGGAGCGGGGGCCCGAGUGCCCGCACUUUUUUAUCGAGGCGCUGUCGUGGAUGCGCCCUAUCCUGGAAGAGGGCACUCUGGAUGGCCGCCUCAUCUGCCCCAACGCCAAGUGCGCCGCGUCCAUCGGCCGGUAUGCUUGGCAGGGGUUUAAGUGCAGUUGCGGCGAGUGGGUUGCCCCAGCGUUCUCGCUUCAAACCAGUAAAGUCGACAAGGUCGCGACCGGCGGCAGGUACAACAAGAGGGGCGGCGCUGGUGCGCUCGGUGACCGCAUGGCUGCUUUGGGUAUCCGCAUGCCGCCCGGGACUGGCGCUAGGCUGCCCGUCGCGGCUACCGCUGCGAGUAAUAUCGAGAGGCCCAAAGAGAAUCUCUGA